AGAGUGGGCGGAGCGUACGUGCUGCUAGGCGUCCUGGAGGGAUCUACCAGCUGGCAGAAACAUACUGCCUGACAGUUGAGGCACUCAAGCCUGGUAGUUGCUGUUGGUGUCCGGACACUUUUAUCCGUUAUCCUAUUAAUGUGGUCCUUCCAUGUCGUCUAUUUAAGUUGAGUGAAGAUUCCAGGAAGUCCCAUCCUUGAAAAGACAGCAAUGGUGGAUUACUAUGACAUUCUUGGAGUAUCGCGAAAUGCUUCUCAAGAUGAGAUCAAAAAGGCUUACCGGAAACAGGCACUGCGUUGGCACCCAGACAAGAAUCCCAAUAACAAGGAAAUGGCAGAGAGCAAAUUUAAAGAAAUAUCAGAAGCCUAUGAAGUAUUGUCAGACAGAAACAAAAGAGAAAUAUAUGAUCGACAUGGAAAAGAAGGAUUAAGAGAAGGUGGUUUUGCUGAAUCCGGAUCUGCAGAUUUCUCUGGUUUCCACUUUACAUUCCGCAGCCCUGAUGAAGUCUUCAGAGAGUUUUUUGGAGGCAGAGACCCAUUUGCUGAUAUGUUUGAUGAUUUUGGCCCAUUUUCUGAGAUGAGCAGAGGAACCUCUCGUGUUCAGCCUGGUUUUAGCAGUUUUUUCUCCUUUCCGAUGGGAUCAGAUUUUUCUUCAUUUUCAUCCACAUUGGGUGGCUCUGGUGGGGGUUUCCGGUCUGUAUCAACGUCCACUAGAAUAAUCAAUGGGAAAAAAACUACAGAAAGAAGGAUAGUUGAAAAUGGUCAAGAGAGAAUGGAGAUUGAAGAGGAUGGGCUGCUGAAGUGUAUUAAGAUAAAUGGGGUUGAAGACCAGGCCUUACUUGCGCUGGAACUAGAGAAGAGAGGCAUCAGGCACUCAGCUGGGUCCGAACAGCCUGUGCAGCACUCCUUCAGCAGCUCACCUUAUGUCGAUAUAGAUGAAGAAGAUGAAGAUCUGCAGCUGGCCUUGGCUUACAGCCUCUCUGAAAUGGAGGCAGCAGGCCAACAUGGAGCAGGUGUGAGCUGAUCGAUCGACGUGCAGCGUUUUCCCCGGAAAUCCUCGCUGAACUGGUGUUUUUGAUUUUGGUUUGGAGAGUCAUCACAUUGUUAUGGCCUGUCACAUACAUGUGUGUUGAAGAUAAAAAGCAGCUUCACAUUCUCCUAAGCUAAUUCUUUCCAGAGGUAUCAAGUAGCUGAGUAAGCCUAUUUGUCCCAGCUCUUCGAUUUUAAUUUUGAACAUUUUCAGGGUGAACAUGAAUAGGCCCGGUCAAUGGUGCAGGACAAAUAAUCUGAGGUAUGAAGCAACUUCCAGAGGAUCAACUCAUACACAGGGUUCCAAGCUUUCUACUUCAGAUCAAACCAAAUACUUUGACACUGAGAAAUAUGGAGACAGCAACUUCAUUUGAGCCGUGUUUAAGAAAAACAAACCUGGGCCUGUGGCUGGAAAAGCGGUGGGAGCCAUCGGAGUCUGAAAAAGCUUCUUGGUUUAGAAGCAGUUAGGAAUAAACAUUAAAUGCUGCACACGUCCAAAAAUAUUUCUAGUUAAAGUAGAUGAACAGUUUAUAGGAUAUUUAAUAUAUAUCUGUAGUUAAAUCUGUUUUUUUAGGAAAUGGGUGUAUAUUUUUAAUUUAGUGUUCAGACUGUGAAUAAAAUAAAAUAAAAAA